AGCAGGAAGGCUCGCAAAAUACAGGUACGCCCUUACUGGACGUACUCAACUCGCCUCCGCCUGUGUCAGUGCCCGCGCCAGCGUGCGUGUCGACGAACAUGGAGUUCGUCGUGCGCACUACGGACCAUGAAGAUGGCACCUCCGCCCCCAGGGACGACUGCGAAGUCGUACCCAAUGUCCCGCACGGCAGUGCAUCCGUGCUGCGGGACGACCUCGCGGUCGUCCCACUCAUCUCGCAAUACGACAUGGCGGACGUGCAGUACUGCACGUCCGACGUGCCUCACCAUCCCACGACCGGAUGUCGAGUAGCGGGUACGCCCCAGAUGGACGUACCCACCUCGACACUUCAUCCCUUGCCCGCGCCCAUACCAACAAGCGUAGCGACGAACGUGAAGUUCGUCGUACGCAUGGCUGGCCAAGAGGACGGCAUGUUCACGCUGCCGGACGACCUAUUGGUCGUGCUUUCCGAUACGCAAGGCCGCGCGCCAGUAUUAGAGGACGACCGCGAGGUCGUACAUUUCAAUGCGCAAGGCGGCACGAUGGAUCAGCAGCGAUGCAGGUCCGAGAUGCCCCAUCCAGCGUCGACCGUCCGUUGUGCAGCGCGUACGUCUAGCCUGCCGCUAGACGUACACGGGGCUUAUGACCACCCCUCGUCGAUUGCCCCUGACUUCUUGUCUGGCAGCUAUAUCGCUCGUCCACCCGCAACGCAACACGGCCUGCACGUCCUCACGGAAGUGCAGGGCCCUGACUGGCCCAGUGCAGCUGAACCUCCUUUGGUUCAGCUGGCAGAGUCGUGGGUUCACCUCGACGACAGAUCCAGCAGCCCCCAAUCGCGCGCGGCCGCAUUCCGGGAAGAAUUGUACUCCCAACCGGAAGUGCGAGCCCCCGGUAGCGUCAAGACAGCUGAACACCUCGCUGUUCAACUGACAGGCCCGCAAUACGACCUUGACCUGCUCGACGAAGUGUUGGACCUCAAUCCCGACUUGUUGAGCAGUCACCACCGUCUUCGCGACCCCGGCGCCUCUGCGAGUGCGCAGCCCGACGCUUGCGUAGCCCCAACGAACACGCGAGUUCGGGAUUGCGAGGCGACUACUGCACUACCGACAGUGCAGCAGCCGGCGCUUACGGACUCCGACCGACCAGAACGGCUGUCCGACCGUCAACCCGACGAGAACUUCACAGUUCUCAUCGAGGGUUCGAUCCUAGGGACCCCUACCAAACUCCCCAUCACCUCCUUCGCGGCCCCCGACAUCGGUGGCGACUACGAGAGGCGUCACGAGUCGGAGCUCGUGCACGCACCCCGAAGAUCGAGUGCAGGACGGACGGAGGAUCAGGGCGGGGUCGAGGUGGAGGUGGAGGAGAUUGCAGAGGCAGGAGAGGCAGAGGAGGAAGGUCAGACAGAAGGAAGAGAGGGGGAAGGGCACGGCGUAGGCAAGGAAGACAAGCUUCCGUGCUCGGAAGACAAAAGUACGCCCGUACUGGACGUACCUCCCCCGCUUAUAUCGCCACCCCUUACACCGUCAUCACCACUAUCGACGGCCACGACAACCACACUGGUUGUCGUGGCAAUCACCGUGCACAAUGGUGGUACGGGCAGACCACGGGGCGACCUACAGGUUGCUCCCGGCACGGCUAGGCAUUGCGGUACGAUCGGCGAGCGAGUCUGCUCGUCCGAUGUAUCCGACAUCUUCACAGCUCACGCGCAGACGACGAGUUCCUCGCUCGACAUCUACGCUGAGGUGCUUAGCAGUGGAUCAAACAACGAGUGCCUCAAGGUACUCGCUGCGCAUUCACCACCUCCUAUCCCACUACCACCACCUGUGACGAUCACGACAAUCAACGUGGUUGUCGUGGCAGUCACCACGUAUGACGGUGGUACCAAUGGCCUAUGGAAUGUAUUACGAGCUGCACCCGGCAUGACGAUGCAUCGCGGUACAAUCGGUGAGCUUACUUGCUCGACCGAUGUGCCUGAUCGUUCUGCAGCCCACGUGCAGACGUUGGGCUUCCCCGUCGACGUCCACGAUGAGGAAGUUGACGGUGAUUCGAGAAGCGAGUACCUCGUGGUACUCGUGCCAGUAUCAUUACCCUGCAUUCCGAUACCACCACCGAUUGGUCACAUCCAGUAUGGUCGCGCAUCGGACUCAGGGAGUGCUGAGCUCGCUGGCGAAUGCGAGUACAUUACAGCUCGGGUUGCGACCACCCUCACUGGUCCCAUCACCAUCAUCCAUGAUGUAUCUGGAGAACUUCACAGUUCUCCGACCUGGGUUGCUAUCAUCAUUCCGGGCUGCAUAACUCCAUUGAGUUAUGUAUGACGAGAGUGGACGGCCAUGCUGCUCACUGACACGAAGUAGCUUGUCGUUGUCUACAGUAUGACACCACCUCGGUCUGGCCUAUUGCUACCACCGUUGUGUGGUAGCAUGUAC